AUGGACGAUGGCGAUGCUCCGCGCGCGGCGCAGAUCUCGCAGGCGGACAUCAUCGAGCGCCAGGCCGAGUCCAUCGCGCGGCUGAAGAAGCAGGUGCAGAAGGGCAGCGAGUACAAGGAGCAGACCAAGUCCAAGCUCAAGGAGGCGGCGGCGCGGCUGAAAGAGUACCGUCUUCGUGUUGAAACGCUUUUACGCUCGGAGGAAACGCUGAAAGAGCAACUGCAGACUGAGCAAGCUGCGCAUGCUAAAACGAAGAAGCAGCAUAAAACCACCUUGAAUCAAGUAAAAACGAGAAAACAAACUCACGCAGCGACUCAAACGGACGAGAAAAAGAAAAUAACGCGUACGAGUCAGACGCUGUUAAGUGGCGAUGUGGAACGAGUUAACAAGAAGACAAUGGUGGACAGUGAAGUACAGACGGUGCACAUCGCAAUAGACACAUUGACGUCCAAAAAACGAGGCAGAACGUCCACUGCGACGCAAAUGGACCAAAUCGUGCCGAAACUCUCGCGACAUUUAUUAAAGGAGACGCUCGAGGACACUUUAGCCAUAAGUAAAGAGCCGCUCGAGCUUCUAGAUGGACAUAUGACUACGUUCCCGCACCAAACAAGUGCAGCGUUAGACGCUGAAUUGGCUUUUAGCGAUUCCGACGCUGAAAGUGGCGAAACGCUAAAACUCGAUAGUAUGGCGGAAACUGGCGCAAGCGUCGAGUUGAUCCCGUUUGAUGCCUCGAUAUCGAAUGAAAUCGACAAGGAAUUGGAUUUUAGCGACGAUGAAAUGGCUGAAACGACGAAAAGUGGAGAUUUAUCGACAGUAAAAGCACAUGACGGUGCUGAAAUGUCGCUGUUAAGUGGAAUUGAUGCAACACUGCAGAGUGAAAUUGACAAGGAACUCGAAAGCAGCAGUGACGACGAGAGUGUUGAAACGCGUAAAAACGCUGAAAUUGCUGACGAAAUCGAUAAAGCUUUGGAAUCCAGCGACGAAGAAAAAGAAAAAGAGAAAACUAAUGUCACGGCGGUAGAUACUGGCGACAGCCAUGGGUGCACUUUAAUGUCGAUUGACGAUGAGCUAGACGACGAAUUUGCAGCUCUGGAGGCGGAUUCCGAGCCAGAGAAUUCAAAACCUGCGAAAGAUAAUUUAAACCCUGCAGAGUCCAGUUCCAGCAGCUCGAGCGACAGUGACUCGAGUGACAGUAGCGACAGCGAGUCGGGUGAAGACGGAGACGACCCCAUGACUGGAAUUGCCGAUAAAACACCCGAUCGAGAGGCUUGUACCACCGAUUCUGGGGCGCUCACCAGACCAGUCACGGCCAUGUACUCGCCUGUUGUCGAGGCCAAGUCGUCGUGUUCAACCCCCGAGCCUCUGCAGCUGUCAGCAACGAACCACAAGGAGGACACGAGUGCUGCUAGCUUGCAGCCAAAGCCGGUCCAAAAGAGCAUUUCAGACGACCUCCAACCUACCACGACAGUCGAUGAUACGGUGGUGGUACAAGGCGCAAACUCCUCUUCUACUAACGAUGACAACUCCAGUAUUCCCGUGUCCAAGCCAGCGGCCUUAAUCGAACAGGAUAAACCUGUGCCUGACACCAUAAUGCAGCCGCCAGAAAGAGCAACCGAACGUGGUGAAUUGCAAGUAUGCACGGGAGAUGCGGGUACAGCCGUCGGCUGCUGUGUUGUCUCGUCUUCUUCGUUGUCGCCUGGAAGCAUCUCGUACCUGCGUCCACGUUCACUGCUCGCUGUGGGUGACGCCCCCAAGAACCUCCCCAUGCUGCACGUACAAAAUGCCUCUUCCCUUUUCCGCAGUGAGGUCGGAAACUGA